UAGAAAUACGAGCGUAAAUAAAAAAUAUGGCAGCGAGUAACCAGUCGUGUCGUGUAUGGACGCGUUUUGAAAGGAAGAGGAAAGAUGGAAGUCUUGUUAAGUUAAGAAUUCAAGAUACACCCGAAUCCGUAGUAAAAAAUGUGGUAGAAUUUAUGAUAAAAUAUUUCCCCGCCCAAGAGACAUUUCAAAAAGCUGCAGGUGUGUCUACUAGUCCUGAAGCGAUGACGGAAUAUCGAGCUAUGCUAGAAGAAUUUAUAGUACCAUUUGGUCUUGUAAUUUGCUGUCACGAUGACACGGAAGAAGUUGGAGAAGUACUCGGCAUGACUGCAGUGGAUAAGUAUCAAGAAGAACCUUUUGAUUUGAAUCAGGUGAAGUCGGAGGAAAUGCGAAAGUUUUUCAAAAUGACGCAGGAAUGUGAAAAUUUAGUGAAGCCGAUAACAAAUGAAUUCAAUAACUACCAUGCGGGCAAAGGACUACUUGUUCACCCUGAUUACAGAGGACUUGGUAUCGCAAGCGAAUUGGUUAAGAUAAGACGAUUAAUGAUGAUCGAACAAAAUGUAUCUUUGUCAUGUACGUGGAUGUCGGCGUAUGGUUCUCAAAAGGCAGCGGAGAAGGACAACUGGGAGAUUGUGUACGAGGUGAAUUCUGAAGAACUUGGGAAAAAAUAUGAUGUUGUUUUCGAAGAUGCGCCACCGACGUUUAAAUUUUAUGUUACAAGAAAUCCUAAUUAUAAGAAAGAAUAA